UAAGAAGGGACUUUAAUGCCGCGCUACGGUCGGGGGGGUGUUUUUUGUGUGCGUCCUCUUCUUUGCGAUGGGAGCAUCGUGACAUUUAUUUUGUCUCAAUUCGAUUCGCAGCUGCGCGCCCGCGAAGCUGUCUCGUCUUUGGUUGGCGUGUUCGUUGCGAUUUAACUGCACGUCGUAGUGACGACGACAAUGAUGAUGAUGACGAUGCGUAAACAUGCGUAAAAAAAUGAAUUCGAGCCCCGUAAACUGUUAACCCCGGCGCGUUAGAUAAAUUAACGUGGCGAUGGACACAAGCAAAGGUUUUGCGCACAAAAGUAGAAAUAACGCAUUAAUCACGCGCGAAACAUAACGCGAUUAACGGAUGAUACGAGCUUGAGCCGAGCGGUAGCGGGCUAGUCGGAUAAAGUGCAGCAGUCGGGAGCCUGAAUCGUUCCCGUGGUGGCUUCCUUGUUCUUGUUUUACGCACGCGGCUCCCGUUCGUUCCGCGCUGCGCUGCAUGGCAAUAAUGCCCCGGCGGGCGGGUCCGUUCCGUCCGCUCGAGACGGCACCACCGCAACCACCACCGCCACCACCACAGUUCAUCUCUCGCUUACAGCAGAAGGAGGAGCCGGGCGUGAUCGGCUAGCACCGGCAGCGGCGCGGGAGUGCGAGUUUCCACCGUGGCAUCAUCGACUGCACGACCCUCCUCCUCCUUCCCCCCAGCCCACAGCGACUCCUCCGCGGCCACUGCCACCGCUGGCGUUUCAGCAGCACCCUGCGUGGCCCCGCGGCGGAGGACGAUGCCGUCCCCUCGAGUGCUCCGCUUGCUUCUGGCCGCCUGCGUGUCGUGCCGCCUCGUGUGCCUGGCCGCGGGACUCUGCGGCGCCGAGACGCGAGCCGAGGGGGUCUUCAUGGGGCGCUUCGCGUUCGGUGGCGCGCAAGGCGUGCCGCGCAACGCGUCCGCGUGCUGCAGCAGGCUGGUGGUGAACCCGGACCCCGGGAGACACGUGCUGCUGCUCAGGUUUACCAAAGGGAACGGAUCCUGCGCGGAAUACAAGCUCGGGGCGCACGCGUACGACACUCGUGGCACCCCCGUGGUGGAGGAGGAGGACGUGGUGGAGGAGGAGACGGAAGACGCGUUCUUGGAUGUGUGCGACUCGAGCAGCCGCGUAACUUUCAUGCAGAGCGACAGAAAGUACGUGAAGCUGCAGUGCGCUCGCGAGGAGGCGCGGGGCAAUCGGCCGUCGCUCUCCGGAGCCCUCUCGACAUCGCCAUCGUCACCAUCGUCACCAUCGUCGCCAUCGAACAACUGGAUUUCGGUGGAUUACAUCGUGAUGGAUAAAAGCGGGGCGAACGCCGACGCUUGCCGCCUCUUCUGCGACUGGCUCGAGAGCUGCUGGUGUACCGAGAACCCCAGGGGUCAUUGCACGCUGGCCAAGUCUCCCUGCUCUUGCCUUGCCCCUCGAUCGGACGAGGAGGACAUUGGCCUCGAGUCUGGACCCUGCAACGGGAGGAGGGAAGGGGUCGGCUCCAGGCACCUGCUCUUCGUGGCGCACGACUGCGAUAAGGCGUCGUCGUCAUUAUCAGUGCCGUGGUCUUCGUGGGGCAGCUGUUCGGAGCCUUGCGGCGGUGGGCUGCAGAUGCGGAGCCGGGCAUGCAGUGGGCCGUGCCAAUGGGAGAAUGUGUGGGAGCGUGGGCGGACCUGUAGUGGAUUAAGCGAGGAGUGGCGAGAGUGCAAUCGCCACAGUUGUGACAGCCGAUGGGAAUCGGGCUACACUGCACAUCACACUCACUCACUGCGAUCUGGCAUCAAAGACACAGACGGCAGCUGGGAUCAAAUUCCUGCAAUGGGAUCACGAUCAGAGGCCCAUGAGGUUUGUGAAGAAGACCACUUCUGGGUAACCUGGAGGAGAACAGCAGCCGGGGAAUCAACAGGAACUAUCUGCCCUCCAAACGCCACAGGAGUGCUCGUACGAAGAUGUGCCCUCACUGAGAAUGGUGUGGCCUUUUGGGAAAGUCCAAGUUUUGCUCGUUGUGUGUCAUACGAAUAUCGUAAUCUGCAGCAAGACAUUAUGGAACAUUUGUCCAAAGGCCACCGCAUUCUAGCGGGAGAAGGGAUGUCCCAGGUCACCAAAGAUCUCCUGGAUUUGUCCCAGCAGAAGAGGGGUUACAGCGGUGAUCUUUUGGCCUCUGUGGAAAUUCUGGCAAACGUGACGCAGACACUCAAGCGUGCCAACUACAACCCGUCUUCUGAGGACGUUCAGAAUUUUGUUCAAGUCGUCAGCAAUUUAUUAUCUGAAGAGAACAAAGAGAAGUGGGAUGAUGCCCAACUGAUUUACCCUGCUUCCAUUGCACUGAUGAAAAUUGUGGAAGAUUUUAUUCACGUCAUGGGAAAUGGAAUUAAGAAUGCCCAGACUUUUUAUCUCGUCACAGAAAAUUUAGUAAUCAACAUUUACAAGUUCUUGAUCACGGAGGACAACACGGACAUAAUUUUUCCGAUGAAAGGCAGGAAUGGGAUGGUGGAGUGGGCACGUAACUUGGAAGACAAAAUGGUUGUGCCAAAGUAUGUCAUAUCCUCUCUACCGUCAGAAAAGGGAGAAUUUGCUGUUGUUGGAAACAUUCUCUACAAGAACAUCGGCCUGCUCCUUCCAAUAUCAAGGAACUCGACGAUUGUGAAUUCCAAGGUGUUUGCCCUCACGAUGCGACCCAUGCCCAGUGCCAUCGACGUUCCAAUUGAGAUCACGCUCUCGCACCUGAACAACUCAACGACUGAAUCGUUCUGCGUCUUUUGGAAUUACACCCAAAUGCACGGACGUGCGGAGGGCUGGUUGGGACAGCCAUGCGCCACCGUGCUCGGAGAUUCCUGGCAGACCAGAUGCCUCUGUAAAGGCUUCUCCGCCUUCGCCAUUUUGUCUCCCUAUCCACUGCCUCAAGAGCCAAAGAUGGACAUUGCAGAGGCGUCGUCAUUUCCCCUCGUCAUUGGAUGUGGCGUCUCUUCUCUCGCGCUUGUCUGCUUAAUGAUCAUGUACUGCAUCUUUUGGAGGUCAAUCAAAUCAGAAAGAUCUGUUAUUUUGAUCAACUUCUGUGUUUCCAUCAUCUUAUCCAACUCCCUCAUUGUGGCAGGACAAGCACAGCUCAAUAAUAAGGCCUUCUGCACAGCGAUCGCUGCUUUCCUCCAUUUCUUCUUUUUGGCGUCCUUCUGCUGGGUUCUGACCGAGGCCUGGCAGUCCUACCUUGCCGUCACAGGGCAGCAGCGCAGCAAGAUCGUCCGCAAGCGGUUCCUCUGCCUCGGAUGGGGUCUUCCUGCUCUUAUCGUUGCUAUUUCUGUUGGCUUCACGAAGACAAAGGGAUAUGGGACCAUUCAGUAUUGCUGGCUGUCGCUCGAUGGAGGGCUCCUCUACGCCUUUGUUGGCCCUGCUGCGGGGGUGGUAUUGGUUAAUAUGGCCAUCUGUAUUCUGGUGUUCAACAAAUUAGUUUCCAAGGAGGGUAUUCCAGACAAGAAGUUGAAGCACACAGCUAGUCAGAUGGCACUUCCACAUAACGGUAUGAAGGUCAAAUGUUCCAAGUGUGGAGUUGUAUCAGGAAGCUCGUUAUCAGCCUCAACUGCCAGUAAUGCCAUGGCCUCCCUGUGGAGCUCGUGUGUCGUGCUGCCCCUCCUCGCCCUCACUUGGAUGUCUGCCGUGCUCGCCAUCACCGACCGUCGGUCGGCCCUCUUCCAGAUCCUCUUUGCCGUCUUUGACUCCCUCCAGGGCAUUGUCAUCAUGGUCGUCCACAGUUUCCUCCGCAAGGAGGUACAAGAUGCCCUGAAGUGUAGAACUAGAAACACGGCCGACCAAAGCAAUGGGGAGUCAAGUGGAACGUUUCCAAACGGUCAUGCUGAGAUUUUGUCUGACUUUGAAAAGGAUGUUGAAAUGGUUUGUAGAUCAGUGCUUAGCAAGGAUAGCAGCAUAAGUAGGACGGCCACAAUGACGACGUCGAUGGCCACGGACAUCCUCCCGGAGCAAACGAGCCUGGAGAAGCCCGACUAUAACCCAGAGGUGGUGAGCCAGCCGGGCUACCUGGUGAGCAACCUCCCAGACAUUCAGCUGCAGCAGCUGUCCACCUCCGUGCUGCCCAUGGGCAUGAACGAUCUCGGCAACUACCACCUGAGCAUGGAGAUGGCGAGCGGGGGGCAAGGCCCCGUGUACCUCUGCAAGGGGGACAACAUGCAGGACGUGGAGUUGCUGCGAGCGCAAGAGCGGGCCCUCGCCAGCGACUACGUCGUGCUGCCGAGGAGCGCGCCGUCGUCGCAGGGCGGCGGCGGCGGCGGCGCCGGUGGCGACGGCUUGGAGGGGAAUGUCGACGAGGUCACGCUGCGACGUGUGGCGCGUUUCAACGAGGACGGCACCGAGCGUCAGCCCAUGGGCGAUUGCGGCAUGGACCUGACGAGCAGCCUAAUGGAGGCCGCUUCGAUGAGGCACCAGGGCGCCCCUUUGGAAGCGGCGGCUCAUUCGUCCUUGAGAUUUGGCUACGGGACUCUCAACAGAGAGAUGCUCGGCCAGGUUUUAAGGAGCGAAACGAGCUCGACGGUUUCUCUUAACUCCUUGGAGAGAAGAAAAUGUAAAUAUUCAGAAUUGGAUGUUGAGAAAAUUAUGCGUACGCGCAAGAGGCAUUUAGACAUGUUCCAGGAUUUGAACCAGAAGUUCCAGCACGUCAACAAAGACAGGGAUAUCUCGACGGUUGAUCUCAUGAAAUCGAGCCAGAGGUGGAGUGUUUCUUCAGCAGGAAGUGAAAAGGAGAAGCUGACCCCGAGUCGCAGCGCGUGGGACGGACAGCGCAGUACGUCGAACCACAUGUCGCCCGCGUGGAGCGGCCUGGCCUGCCAGUCGCAGCCCGGCGCCGCCGAGUGGGAGAAAGCCGUUGGGCCUCUGCCCCUGGUGGCCCACGAAGGGGACAUUCAGACGGAGGUGUAGGAACGUGCGCGCGCACUGCCACGCGCCACGUCUUGCACGUGUCUCCCCCCUUUCCGCGACUUGGAGGUGUACAGAGCAAGAGGACUUUUAGCGAAAGAACGUUGUGUUUAAUACCAGGCACCCGCGUCCUGCUGUUGAUCUGUUGAUCAUGAUUGUGCUGCUUUAUAAAUACACGAUGCCAUUUAUCAUCCCCCCCCCCCCCCUCGUCGAAGCAAAUUGCGUGGUUUUGUUUAGUUGAAUGUGUUACAGCGUUCUAACAUAUUUUUUUAGUUUGUUGUGCCAUUUGAGUUGAUAUAUUACAAAUGUUAGGAAUGAAAUUCACCCGAAUAGUUUUUUUUCCUAUCACUGCAAUUUCAGUAUCUUGCAAAUAUCUAAAUUUUACUUAAGGUAUGCUGAUAUGUCGAUAUAUUAAAGUUACUGGUGUAUACCAGUAUGGUAUUUUUUUAAUAUAUAUUUCUGAAAAUAUUAAAAAGCCACCAAUGUGUUGUGAAGUAAUGUGGAAUAAACGUGUUUCAUAUGGUAUAUUUUCCAACAUUGCCUUACAUAAAAUCCUAUAGGGCAGCCAAUAAAUAGCAUUUAAAACAUCCUUGUUUGAUCCUUAUGCACAUGUAAUAUAGAUUAAGACAACAUUCUAUAGAAGAAUGUACACAUUUCAAAUUUGCAUAAGAUCACGUUGGGAUAUCCUUAAACUCUUUAAGGUGGUUAUGUAAGGAACUGGAAUAAAGUAAAAUUUUUAUUUUUUUUCAGAUUGUUUAUUUUAUUGCAGGAGAUGGUACGUUUACAUAAGACAUGCAGUGAGAAAAAAAUACCUAAUAUAUAUAAAAAAAGUUACUACCUUUGGAUACAAAUAGAUAUGAUUAACCUUUUAAUUUGCAUUCACAAAAAAUGUAUAAUAGAAAUGCCACUGUAUAUUUACAACAAAAGUCAGCCUUAAUUGGACAUGCCAUCGAAUUAUAAACUAGAAGGUAAAAUGUUAUUACAUUGACAAUCACAAAACAGGUGUGUAAUACAUGUGCCCAUUGGCCCUUUUAAAAAUGUAGUUUACCACUGAGUAUUAAAUAUGGUGACGUAUGAUUCGACUUUGCUUAUAUUUACAGCUUUAAUGUGUAAAAAAAGCAUAAAUUAUAACUUUUUAGUUUUGUGUUUGAACACCCAUUUUCAAAAGCAUCCUCUCCACUUGCCAAGUUGUACAUAUAACCUACCUUAUACACUGUCAACACAGAGAUAACUUAUUUUUUAAAAUACAAUAAUAUUAAAUAUAAAGUCUCGUAGAUAUUGCAAGUAUUUUGUUUCUUACAUGCUCACUCUUAAAUCUUUCAUACAGCGACCUCGGUUUGAGUUUGCAAUAGCCAUGUAGAAAAUUAUUUGCACAAUUUUGCUUUUACAAUGGGUAACAAGUCACACGAAAAAAAGACAACGCUACUUAUAAAUAGGAUUAUUAAAAUGAAAAAAAUCGCUUGGGGCUGAUGAAUUUUAAUUUCUGUAAAAAAUAUUUAUGCAUUCAGCUUUUCAUCUGCACUAUGGCAUACAUUGUAUAAAUUGUGCUAACAUGUUUCUUUUUUUAACAGAACAAAAAAACUUAUACUAUUAAGCAACCUAUUGUACAUUGAUAUAAUAUGUAAGCAGAACAUCUAACGGUUUAGUUUAAAAAAAUUAGGAUGAGUAUAUGUUUGGCUGUUUUAUUAACAAUGUAUUAUUCAAUAGAGAUAAAAAAAAUUGAUUACGUUUUUUCCCCGAGCUAAUGCAACGCUUGGGUUUGUCAUUUAUUUAUAGUAGCUUAAAAACUGCUAUUUUCUGAUGUAUGAAAGUUUGUAAGCUGUACAAGGCUUCAGAGGGUUACUAGACAUGUAAAAACAUGUUUAUUAAAAUAAAUCAAUUUAUAAAUAAAAUAUAUUGUGCCCAAGUU